AUGGCAAAACAUUCGAGCAGUCCGAAAUCUACACCAGGCACCGAAUCAGUGAACAAAUGGAAGAUUCCUCAUUACUACAGAAGGUCAUCCAGUGCAUCUUCUCAACAAUCUGGCGUGGGGGAAAGUGUCGCUGCUAGCACACCAAGUACUCCAAAUAUUAACGUCAUGACCAGCCCAAAGAGAGUCCUGAUGGAUGAUCCAAAGAAGGGUAAAAAGCGGUCUAGUGGCAGAUUAAGAAAGAAAGGCAAGAAAAAGGCGGGUGAAAUGGUUUUCGUGAACUACACAGUUCAGGAUAGUGCUUCUGAGAGUGAAAGUGGAACGCAGUCAUCAAGCUCUACUACACCGGUUGAUGUUAAUUUCCCAGCUACAGUUUCAAAUACCAAUGAUGCUAUUAAUAGAAGGAAAAAAUCAUCUCGAAGUAGAAUGCUGGAGAUUUUUGGUUCUAGCAAGCACGGUUCAGACAAAAAGAGCAACCAGAACGUAUAUUGUGGGCAGGAAAUGAACUCGCAAUCUUUGCCAGAUUUGCCUAAAAAUGGCAAUUUAACCGGGAAAAGAUCUUAUGGUUCAUUUCUUAAGUAUGGCAGAUUUUACGGAUCAUCUGUUGCAGCUAUGCAAUCAUCCUCGGGCUCAGAGUACACAGAUGAUUCUAACAGAGACGUGGAAUUUGUCCCAAAAUCCAGCAACAAUCCCAAAACAGUCAGACCUUUCGUUCAGGCUAAUUCUGAGAUAUUUGCUUCUUCCCAUAAGGGUAUUCAUCUUUUAGGCCGUAAAAAGGCCUAUAGCGAAGUAAACAUUAGCCAUAGAUCUGUCGAUGGGUCUGCAGAAGAUGAAUUAUCUAUUGAUCAUCACUACUUGGACGAGGAUAAAAAUUCCACGCCAACUAACGUUUUUUCAAAUAGAAUGACUAUGGCAUCAGAACCUUCAUUGGCAGGAAGUAACAGACUUAGCGAUGAAAAUGAUGCUUCCAUUGCAUUCACUAAAAUGUUUACAAAGAAAAGAGCGAACACGGGCGGGUCCAUGUCUUCGCUUGUAUCUUUGAAUAACAACCUACAGCAACAGAAUGCAUCACCGCAGGCAAAUCCAAAUAUGAUGGUAAAUUCAUUCAAUAAAAAUUUAUCUCUUAGCUCAAUAUCAUCAGCUUCGAAUCGAUAUUCCCCUAUAAGGACUGCAUCACCAGCCCGGCCGCGCUCAGCAACUCGUGUAUCCUCUUCUCACAGAAUAUCUCGAGAUUCGUCUUCUUUACAAAAUACAUUUGACAUUACGGAUGCUACAGCAUUAUCUGGACCAGAAUCUUUUCUGGAUAUACACACUGGGACCAAAAAUACCAUGGCAAUGAAUGCUAGGCAUAAACGAAAACAAGACUCAAUUUCUGAUACAUAUAGGAAUUCUGCAAAUAACAAUGCAAGCACUCCAUCAUCCUCUUUGGUAACACCUCCCGCUAUAACCUCCGGCUACACGGUUGUGUCUUCAACCUCUGCAUCAUCUACACCCAGUGUUCUGGAGUUACCUAACGCUGGUCAAACUAAUACUGGACAAAAUGGAACCACAAGUUCCGAAGUUGCAAGCUAUUCUAAUUUGUUAGACCACAAUAGUUCUUCUGAAGUCUUAAAUCAAUCUGAGAUGCCCACACCAACCGAGACCUUACCGACAUUGAAGGGAAUUCCAAGAACUACGCUUGAGGAAAACGAAGAAGAGGCUCAAACUGACAAAAGAUACUUACAGGUGAACAACAAAACUGAUAACUUCGAAAAUAUUGUUUUUGUCAAUGGGAGUAGCACAGAAAGCAGUCAAGUGGACUCUCUUUUGACUAACUCUGUAUUUUCGUCUGCUACGAGUACCUUUUGGACUCAAGAUCAGGGCAGUUUUACAAUGAGCAUUAACGGGAACAAUGUAAACAACAACGGUAAAUUUGAUGAAGCAAAUUACUCUUCCUCAUUAAAUACAUCUAACAUAACUCCUUCUUCUACCACUAAUAAUAAAUUUGAAAAUUUGAGUACAGAUGAUAUAUUACGUGGGACUCACUUCAGCAUUCCAAACCAAGAAGACCUAAAAACGCAUAUGGAAUUUGAUUUCGAAAACACAAAUUCAUUUUUUCAGGACAGGUCAUCCAAAAACACUCAUGGUAAUUACGGCAAUGCAUCCUUAUCUGGUGCUUUUUUUAAUGAACAGGCAUCAACUGUCACAUCGGUUGCCAACGUCUCCCCUGGCACCGCUGCCACAUUGUCUAUCGAAGAUGUUUCCAAUGGCAAUCCAUACCAGAGGACUUUACGCGAUCAGUAUAAUGGUAACAGUUCUAUGAUUCAAUCAAGCUCAGGAUCACCACAGUUAAACACUAAUGUUAAUAACUCAGGAGCAUGGAAUUUAAUGAAUUCUGAUUUAGAUGCUAUUGCAAAUUCUUUUUUUGUUGGCGAAGAUAUGAAUGAUCAACCACCACCAGUGUAG